AUGAGCGUCACCAAUCUUGACUCGGACCUCAAGCGCCUGCGCCUGGGUCGCAACACCUCCGAGGCGCAGAACGAAGUGCGCGCCUGGAUCGAAGAAUCGCUCGGCGAACAGCUGCCGCCCGGCGACCUCAUGGCUAUCCUCAAGGACGGCACCGUCCUGUGCAGGCUUGCCAACCUGGCCGUCCCCCCACCCGGCAUCAAGUUCAAGAAAUCCGCCAUGCCCUUCAUGCAGAUGGAGAACAUUUCGCACUUCCUCAAGGCCUGCGAGAAGCCCCCCUUUAACAUGCAUGCGCACGACCGCUUCCUGACCGUCGACCUGUUCGAGGGCAAGGACCCGGCCCAGGUCCUGCAGUGUCUGGGCGCCUUCAGCCGUGUCGCCCAUCAGCUCGACCCCGCCAAGUUCCCCACCACCAUCGGCCCCAAGAAGAGCACCGCCCCGCUCAGCCCAUCCGCCACCGGCUCUGGCGGAGGCCUCACUGCCGGCGGAUACUCGACCAGCGGCUUUGGUCGUAGUCGCGGCUUGAGCAACUCGAGCAACGGCGGCGGCCGUCCCCCGGCUCUCGGCUCGCUGAGCCCUGCUCCCACCGGUGGCUCCGGCGCUUCUAGCCCGUCGGCGAGAUCGCCGUCCGCGGGACCGGUCAGCAGCUGGGCCAAAAAGGGUGACGAGGGCACCACAUCGCCUGCCUGGAACAUUUUCCAGUACGGCUACAUGGGCGGUGCGAGUCAGGGUAACCAGGGCGUCGCGUUUGGCGCACGCCGACAGAUCACCACGGCCGCACCACACGUCCCUAGCGCCGCGGAGAAGGAACGCAAGCGAAAGGAGCAGGAAGCCGAAACGGAGCGGCAACGCGUCGCGGCCGACGAAGCCGAGCACCACCGGCAGGUCGAACGCAAGGCCGAGGAGGAUCGGGCACGCGUCGAAGAAGAGCGUCGCUGGGAGGAGGAAACGGCACGGCAACGCGAGGCAGAGAAGCGCAAGGUCGAAGCGCAGAAGCGUGAGUGGGAGCAGCAAGAGCGCAAGUGGCAAGCUGACGAGGAGGCUCGGCAGCGCGAGGAACGGGCGGCCCAGGAGAAACUCGACCGUGAGACGCAACGCAAACGCGCGGGCUCGGACGCGCGGCUCCGCGGCCAGUACCUGAGCCAAUACCAGGCGGAGCAGCAGGGGGGUCCGGCCCAGAAACCGGGCCACGUCCGCCGCAGCAGCCGCAACGACCCGGAACUGGAAGCCGAGCGGCAGCGCGUGGCGGACCUGGAGCGCCAGCUGGCCGAGGCCAAGCAGCGCGAGGCGCAGUAUCAGCGGGAGCGGGAGGAGAGGUUUCGGGGGCCAUCGUCGACGGUGGGCAUGCGCUCAACCAGCAACCGGCUGGAGGAGAUGGCACGCCCGCCCUCGCCGCCCGAGAGUAACGUGUCGUGGACGGGCGACGACGAGCGCGACCUCCUGCGCAAGGCGUGGACCGAGACCAACAGUCGCCCACUGCCAGAGGAGCCAACGCCGCCGGCACUUCCCUCCCGCCCCCUCCCUGACCCAACUAUUGCUAGUAUCGCCUCGCCGUCACCACGCCCCCUCCCGAACCCAGCCGACUACAUAACCGCGAAACCGAUGCCGACCGCCGCCGCCACGCCCGCCUCGCCGCCCCCGUCCGCCACUCGCCCAUCAGCGAUGCCGCUCUCGCCGCGCGCACCCCUCUCGCCGCGCGCCCCGCUCUCACCCCACGCGCCACUGUCACCCCGCCUCGCAGGCGCAACCUCACCGCGCUCGCCGCGCUCGCCGUUCGCGCGCCCGGGCUCAGCCGCUGCGUCUGCGUCGCCUCGCCCAGGAAGCGCAGGCUUGGCAGGAAAAUCCCUGCUCGAGCGCGAAAUGGAGCGCGAACGAGAACGCCAGCGCGAGUGGGAGGAGAAGCAGAAGGAGACGCGGGCUGCGGCGCGCGUCGACGGCGAGGGCUCGGCGCCGGGUCAGUCUUGGGACGUCCAUCAGUAUGGGUAUAUGGGUGGUGAUAGCCAGAAUCGUGGGGGCCAGGGCAUUGGGUUCGGUGGGAGGAGGGGCAUUGUCGGGCCGAGGCCGAGGCCGUAG